AUGCAUGCUAUGGCAUUGCUGUCAAAAGAAGGAAACCAUAGUCAAAGACUCAGUGAAGGACGCCAAAAAAGACGCCUUCGCAACAGCUUUACUACAGCUCUAGGUAAAACAAAGAAAGCCAGAAAAAAAGGAAACUUACAGCUGAACAAGCUCAGAAGGAAUAUAUUCAGCAGCACCAUACUUCAGUUAACAGUGAAGUCAGCCAUAGUGGAGUCAGACAUGAAAGAGUCUAAAGAUGUGCUUGAAUGGACUAUGCAAGAUCUCGUUCAGAAGAUGACAGAUGCAGAUAUUCCACAGACGAUCACAGACGUUGUGUUCAGUGAUCCCAUCCACGGGCACAUUGAGCUCCACCCCUUGUGUAUCGCCAUCAUCAACACGCCACAGUUCCAACGUCUGAGGUUCUGCAAGAGGAUCGGCUUGUGCUCUUUUGUUUUCCCUGGGGCGGAGCACAACCGUCUGGAACAUUCUAUCGGAGUGUGCCAUCUGGCAGGCCAGUUGGCCAGGAGCCUACAAGAACACCAGCCGUCACUAGGGAUAACAGAGCAGGACAUUCUCUGUGUGGAGGUGGCGGGGCUAUGUUUUAACCUUGGUCGUGGGCCCUUCUCGAGGUUAUACAAUGACAGGUUUCUAUCCGCGGUGUACGGGAUACAUAAGAAUAUCCGACCAACAGUCGCCAUGUUUGAACAUCUGAUAGAGGACAAUAAACUCAGAGAUUUGUUUGAUGUAUACGGCCUGAGUGAAGCAGACGUCCAUUUUAUCAAGGAGCAGCUGGAAGUUAUAGGGCCAACAGGCAGCACUUGUUGGCCAUAUAAAGGUAGAACAAAAGAAAAAGCAUUCUUGUACGAGAUAGUCUGUAACCGCCGUAACGGCAUCGACGUGUACAAGAUGGAUUACAUUGCCAGGGACUGUCACAACCUGGGCAUCCAGAGCAACUUCGACUUCUCGCGCUACAUCAAGUUCGCCAGGGUUCUGGAAUCGGACGGGGAAUGGCAAAUUUGCACCCGUGAUAAGGAGAUUGGAAACUUGUACAACUUAUUUUAUACCCGGUACAAGCUGAACAAAACAGCCUACAAUGAUAAGGUGGUGUCGGCCAUUGAGAUCAUGGUCACCGAUGCCUUAAAGUAUGCUGACGAUUUUAUCAAGUUCAAGGGAAUCAACGAUAGAGUCUACAAGCUGUCGGAAUGCCACAAGGACAUGAAGGCCUUCACCCAGGCCACAGACAAUGUUUUGGUCAAGAUUUUGGAAUACGAAGGUGACCAGUCUGGCAUGGUCAAGGCUAAACAAAUCGUCGAAAAUAUUAUCAGACGGCAGCUCUACACCUGCGUGUUUGAAAGCCGGCCAAUCGGAUCAUCCCACGUAUUCGUAAGGUUUUCCUUCAGUUUGUAA